ACUACAGCGGCGAGAACAUGUGGAAGCUGCUUAUAGUCUACCUGGCCGCGGGGGCGAUGGCCCAGUCGCGGACAAACGGCACACACCUGCAACUGCUUCGGCGGAGGCGGCAACAGUACUCCGCCCCAGCUCCUGCCCCUCAACCGAGCUAUGCCCCAGCUCCUGCUACCCAGCCAAGCUACGCCCCAGCCCCCUCCCCUCAGCCGAGCUACGCCCCAUCUCCAGCUCCUCAACCGAGCUACGCCCCACCCCCCUCUCCUCAGCCGAGCUACGCCCCAGAUCCUGCUCCUCAGCCGAGCUACUCGCCAGCUCCUGCUCCCCAACCGAGCUACGCACCAUCCUCCUCCCCUCCGCCGAGCUACGCCCCAGCUCCUGCUCCCCAGCCAAGCUACGCCCCAGCUCCUGCUACCCAGCCGCGUUUUUCCCCAGCCCCCGCUCCUGAGCCGAGCUACGCUCCAGCGGCUGAGGUAGACUACGAUGAGCCUGUGGAAUACAACGCCGCGGCAUACAGUGAUGAGCCAGCCAAAUACGACUUCCAAUGGGGAGUGAAGGACGACUACGGUAACGACUACGGCCACAAGGAGUCCAGGGAUGGAAACAAAGUGCAGGGCACCUACUACGUCCAGCUGCCCGACACCAGGAAGCAGACCGUCAACUACCACGUGGACGGUCAGAGCGGCUUCAUCGCGGAUGUGCAGUACGAAGGUGAGGCGCAGUACCCGCAAGCGAGCGGAGGAAAGGGCUACCAGGCCGGGCCGGCCGCUGGAACGGCGUCUAAUGACCAGGCGCGCUACCAGCCGGCUCCUCAGCAGCAGAGAUAUGAACCGGCUCCGCAGCAGCAGCAGCAGCAGUACAGCUUUCCGGAGGCCGAGAGAGGCUUCCAGCCGAUCGAGGACAACAGCGGUUACGCGGCCCCGAAGCCGUCGUCACUGUUGUGA